AUGAAAAUCGUAUCCUGGAAUGUUAGGGGUCUCAAUGCCCCUAACAAACAGAGGGUGAUCAAAAGAAGGAUUCUUUUGGUCAAUGUAGACACCAUCCUCCUACAAGAAACUAAAUUGGAUUCUCAACAAUCAGUCUCUUUUGGUAAUGGAAUUAGCUCAUUGUUCCAUGCAUCACUUCAACUAACAGUGGCCUCAGAAGGGGCUUUUGGGGGCCUAAUGAUUAUCUGGAAGCCUUCUCAAGUUCAAGUGGAGGGCAUCGCUUCUAGCAGAAGUUGGUUGCUAGCCAGAAUCACUCAUCUUCAGUCAAAUACUUCAUUUUUUGUCUUCAAUAAUUAUGGUCCAGUGUCCCCACUCAAAAAGCGGUUUUUAUGGCUUUCUCUAGAUGGAAUCAUAUCUCAAUUGGUCGAUGAACAACUCAUAAUAGCAGGUGACUUUAAUGCCAUUCAAAAAGCAUUAGACAAAAGGGGAGGCAUCAUCCGCUUAGGCGGAUCUCAGCAAGAUUUUAAUGAUUGGAUUGAUAGGAAUGGAUUAUUAGAAAUAGAUUCAGGGGACUCUUUUACAUGGACAAACAGAAGGAAAGGCUUCAACAAUAUUGCGGAAAAAUUUGACAGAUUCUUGUGGCAGGGUGAUUUUAGUUAUUUUCCCUUUGCCUUUGCCUUUGCCUUUGCCUGUGUUGUUCUCCCCUGCUCAGGAUCAAAUCACUUUCCUAUUUGUCUUUCUCUUAAAGGGAACCAAGCCACCUCCAGAUCUCCAUUUAGGUUUGAGAAUAUGUGGAUGAAAGACCCAAAUUUUCUAGCUUUGAUUGAAAAUUGGUGGAAGGAAGAAGUAUUUGUAGGAUCAAAACUCUUUUGCUUUAUUUCAAAGUUGAAAUUAGUAAAGCAAAAACUUCUUCAAUGGAAUGCCCAACACUUUAAAAACAUUUUUGGAACCAAAAAAUCUUUGGAAGAGCGUGUGGCAGCUCUAAAUGACAAGAUCAUCUUGGUGGGUAUGGAUCAAGAAUCCUUUGAUCAAGAAAAGAAUCUCCUUUUGGAAUAUGAGGAUAUCCUUUCAAAAGAAGAAAAUCUUCUGGAAACAAAAGUCUAG